CAACUUGCAGCCACCAUUCAUUCGUCUUUCAUUCGUCGGGCGCGAUCGUUCGCGUCGUUCGUGCAGUAUAGAGUUGUAGCAAGAAAGAGAGCAGCCAAGCGUCUUCUUCUUUGCCGAAGAAUGAACGUUUUCCCAGGCCGCAGCCGCAGUUGCAGUAUCUCCCGGUCCCGGUAGCUCUCGCUUCCCCCUCGCCCCACCCACCUUCAAGCGUGUGGAUCCGUGUGUGCGUGUUACCAUUUGCAUUUCAGUUUAUUUUUUUUUUCGUUCCAUUUCGCUGUGUUUUCCGAACUCCGAAUCCAAAUUGACGCCGCAUUGCAUUGCACUGUGGAUUGCAUAGCUCCGUACGGUACGGUUUUCGGAGCCUUAAAAAUAGCCUUUUACAGUAAUUACUGGGCGCAAAAAAACGUGUUUUUUUUUUUUGAACAAGUUACAGUUACAGCUGCACCAAAAGAAAGCAGCAAUCAGAAAUUUUACUCAAAAGUGUAUGGCCGAAAAAAGAAAUACAACAAAAAAAAAAUAGUGUUUGAAGAAAAGAAGAAAAUCUUCUGCCAGCAGCGUCUUCUAUUUGUUCCAUCUGUUAACAUUGUGCUCAUAAUUUAUUGUACAACAAAUAUGCAAAUAGAAAGCAACAAAUUUGUACAGCAAGUGGAAUAUUUCAAAGCUUAAGAAAAGUGGAGCGUUUCGUGGCUGAUGGAUAGUGUAAGACACAAAAAAGUGGAACAAAACGAUUGCAGCACGCACUCACUCCCGGAGGCAAUUUCCCCCCAGCCCCCCGUCGCCGCCGCCGCCGCUUUUCCCGCCAAAAAAAAGCAAUAAAACCAACGGCAACAGCACAACCAACAAGAGAGAUAGCAAAAGCAACUGCAAAAACCGUAACAGGCCGUUGAACGGUGGUACAGCAACAACUGCAAGUCCGAGAGAGGGAGAUUUAACGAUUUGCUGAGAGAGAGAGAGAUCGGAAACUGCAUGCAAGAAAGAGAGCAGAAACUGCAAGCGCAAAUCGAUCUGGGAACAAAAACUGCCUGCGAAAAAGGUGCGAGGGUCAGCGAUUAAGAAGAGAAACAAAGGACCAACAGAGCGGGCAGCAGGCUUAGAGGAAGCAGUAAGGGUCAAAGUGCAUCAAAGGCAUUAAUUUAAAUUGGAUAUUAUGUGCGCAACGGCAGCAGGAACGACACAAGCCACAACCACUGAGAGCUCAUGUAUGACAAAACCAAGAAAUCGUGGGGUCAACGGCUCAAGACACUCGGCAGCAGCCACAGUGGAGGAGACGCCUCUCUAGGCACCGUCAGCGGUAUGCAGGCCAUGCAGCAGCUGCAGCUGCAUAUGCAGCACCAGCACCAGCAGCAGCAGCAGCAACAACAACAGAUGCAACAGCAGCAACAACAGAUGCAACAGCACCAUGGACACCAUGUACACCACUUGGCCGCCUACCAGCUGCCGCCGCCCGUUGCCGCCGAGUUCCUGCCCAGCGCCCUGUCGCGCUCCAUGAAGUACGCCGAGCCGUGGAUCUAUGGCACUGUGCGGGGCAUACCGGCGCGGCCCUCCUACGGCUACCAUCACCAUCACCAGCAUCCCCAUGCGGCGGCCAUCUUUGCCACGGACGGGGGCGGCGACUCGCCCCUGAGGGGGGCCCUGGCAGUGGUGAUCUGUUCGUGCGCCGAGUAUCUGAACGGCACGAAACGUGACGUGAAGAAGGCGAGCGUAUGCAAGAAGUGCAAAGGUUCGCGCCUGCCGCUUGCCACCAUCGGGGGCGGCACUGGCGGGGGCACUGUCAGACUGCCAGCUGUCAGCAGCAGCAGCAGCUGCAACGUCAACGGCAGGGGCAGCCGCCCCAUGGCUGCCACAAUGCGUGUGGUUAGUGCCACAAAGAAAUCACGUCCCUCCAUUCUGGAUCCACAGAAGGAUCCCUACGACCUGAUGCGACGCACGCGACUCCUAUCGCCGGAGCCGAGUGCCAGUGUCACCAGCAAGGACUCCCCCAGCAAGGAGGGAAAGUCACGUAGCCGCGAAACGGCCACGGUGUCCACAACGAGGGGUCGCACCCGGACCAGGGCACCGCUGCCCCCGACAAAGGCAGCAGCAGCAGCAGCAGCAACCUCUGCGGCACCAGAGCCCGCCGACUGCUGGCUAAUGGAGGACAACGAUGCACUGCUGCAGAGCAGCGGUCUCCAAGGCAGAGCCUCCAGCGCCGGCAGCAGUCGCCGCUCCAUCCUUCGCUGCAACGUCAAUCCCUACGACCUGAUCUCAAUUGAAAAUGGGAAGCAGAACCAGCAGCAGAGCCAGCAGCAGCAGCAGAAGAAGAACCAGUCGGCCAAGUCCGUCUAUGCGGAUGACUUCGAUGUGGCCGACGCCCAGCUGAACGACGACGAGCUGGAGCGCCAGCGGGAGAAGGGGAAGCGCAAGAAGUUUUAUGGAAACAAUGUGGCGGCCAUUGCCGGCCAGAGGAUUAGCCUGGGCAAGGAGAAGCCCAUAGCAAUCGAUCCGUCCGAUUCGAGUGACAGCUAUGAGCGGAUCAUUAUCGCCUCCGCCUCCACCACCGCCACCUCCUACUCCUGUUCUUCGGCGGAAGCGGUGGCGCAGUCGGCUCCGCCGCCUGUGGUGGGGCCGCGACGUCCGCCCCGCAACAAAAAAGCUGAUGAGACUGCAGCCAGCCACCCGGAAGCGCCUUUAGCUGCAAUAAUGCCUGUAACUCCUUCAAGGGCGACACCAACUGACGAUGAGAAUGAUGAAGAGAACGAUGAUGGUAACGAUGGCACCGCGAUGGCCUUUACAGUGCUCACUGUGACGCCCACAAUGCCGGCCAUCAAGUCCAUACUGAAGCGCCGUCCGUCCACACUGGAGUUGCCUUCAGUGCAGUCUCCGCCGCCUCCCGCCGUCCUCCUGCCCGACGGUGGAGUGGCGCCAGUGCUGACGCCUUCGGGCAAGUCACAGUUCUACAUUCCGACGCCAACGAAGGCGACAGCUGCCACGCCCACGGCCACAGCUGCAACAGCAACAGCGAUGGCGAUGGCGAUGGCAACGGCAACAUCAACACCUACACCCACACCCACGUCCAGUGGCACACCAGGAGCGAAUGGUGCGACGAUGACGCCAACAUCCACAUCGAGCUCACGCAAAAAAGUGCAAUUUAUGGUCGAGGAUAAAAUCAUAGCCACGACAACGGAUACGGCGGCGACAACUGAUGACAGCAGCGAUGCCAGCAAUGCCAGCAAUACCAGCAAUGCCUUUGUUGGCCCAGCCACUGGGGCGGGAUCUGCUGCUGACGAAGCAACAACAACCAGGACAAACUAUGAGUACUACAAUCGCAAGAGAAAUGCAACAGCAGCAGCAGCGGCGGCAACAGCGGCAGUAGGGAGAGCAGCAGCAGCAGCAGCGGCAGCGGCGGCGGCACAGCAGGAGACAUUUGCGGCUGACGUUGAUGAUGAGCAUAACUUUACAACUUCCGCUGAACCAACAGCAACAGCAGCAGCAGCACCAUCAGCAGUGACAGUGGCAACAGCAACAGCAGCAGCAGCAGGAACAGCAGCAACAGCAACAGCAGCAGCAACAGCAACAGCGUUGCACAUUAAGCCGGAUAGUUUGCAUUAUGAAGAUGUGCUGCCGCCGCUGCUGUCCGGGCAUCAAAUAUUUGACAAGAGCAACAGCGACAGGAGCAGCGAACCAGCAACUGAAAUGCUGCCAAAAUUAUUAUUGCCAGCGGAGGAGGAUCCAGCAGCAACAGCGGCAUGCCACUCGGGCAUGGGGUCCCCGCAUGUGACUGCAACUGCUGUCAGCAGCGUUUUGCCAGACGGCACCGCCACGACAGCAGCAAAAUCAGCAGGAGUGGCCCAAGGAGCAGCAACGGCAAACCAAAAGACGACAGCAGCAAAUCGCGAUUAUGACGAUGAUGACGAGCACAACGACAAGGACGAGAGCAACGACAACAGCCACAGCAGCAGCAGCAGCAGCAGCACCAGAAGAAGCAGCUACAGCAACAGCAACGACAACAACGACAUGAAUGGCCAUGGGAUGGAGGACAAGGGCGAAGAGAAGAGGGUGGCAAGGCAGAAGGAUGCGCCUGCCAGGCCUGCGGCAAGUCAAAAGCGUGCGGCACAAACGACACAAUCGCGAAAUCCCAUCAGACGGGCGCACAGCGAACGGCAUUUGUCGACCGCGCCCAUCACCGCCUCCACCGCCGCCACCAACACCGCCACCGCCACGGCCACGGCCGCCAGGAACUCCAUCGCCAUCGCCAGCGCCAGCACCAGCACCAGCUCCAUUUCGAAGACGACAACAUCGCCGCAUCCUCGCUCCUCGGCCCCAGCGAGUGGGCCACAAAAUGUCAUUUUAAAUUUUAAGGACACAAUGGCGCUGCGCAUAAAAAGCAACCGCAGCGACUCGAGAGAUUUAUUUCAAAGGCGUCCGACAGAGCCGCCUCCACCGCCACCCGCUUCGCCCCCCAAGGCACUGACGGAGCCACUGACGGAGACCGCAAAAGGAUUAGAGCUUCCGCCACACGGAAUCAAUAAGUCAGUACCGACUAUGACUCCGACUCCGACUCCGGCUCCGGCCCCGAUUCUGACAUCGACUCCGGCACAGCUUCGGCAGAAGCAACAGCAGCAGCAGCAGCAGAGGACUGUCGUGCGGGUGGCACCCUUUAACCAGAGCGGGGAGGGAGCCCACGAAGUGCAUCGCCUGAAAAUCUCGCACAGCGAGGAGGAUGACGACACCUAUCCGCACACGGAUCUGGGCGUGCAACUUCGCCGCAAACCGAGCACCAGGCUGCACCUCUCGCCCGAGGAGGAGGCGACCCCCAAGAAGACGUCGAUACUGAUUAGCGGCGAUGACUGCUACUCGACAAUGAAUCUCAGUGCGGACGCGGCCCAGCCCCUGUACCAGUCCUCCGUGGUGGUCAACAGCCAGGCGGUCAGCACCGGCGGGGUGUGCAUCAACGUGAGCAGCGCCGAGGAGGAGGAGCAGCAGCUGAAUCACCUGAAUACGAUGCGGAGCCAGCAGAUGAUGGGCACGGGCCUGGGCACGGGCACGGGCAUCGCCAUCAUACCCAUCCGCAGCAGCGAGAUCAACCUGCAGCGAUCCGUGUCGUGCAUCUCCUCCACCUCGAGCAGCUCCACGUCCAGCAGUGGCAGCUCCAGCGGCAGGGGGCGCACCCUCAUCCGCCUGGACUACGAGAGGGAGAGGACUGGGGCGGGCACCAGCACAACGCCCAUCAAUACGCCGCCGGCCAUCAGCUCGACGCCAGCCACGCCGCCGCCGCCGUCGCCGACCGACAGCUCGAGUCCGAGUCCUCUCGUGCAGCACGAGACGGAGCUGCUGAAGAUCCUGCGGAACCCCGUGGAGGCAGUGAAGCGCAACCUGGUGCCCCACGUGUGCGGCCUGCGCUCGGCGGGUGGUGACACCGGUCGCGCCAAGAAGAUGCAGGAUGCCGUGACGACGAUUGUGCCGCGCAGCUGCCCCAAGGAGGGAAGCUUCAUAGCCAAGCUGCUGCAGGACCCGAUGCUGGGCCAGGUGGCCGAGGGCCUGGAGACGGAGACGGUGGCCGAGCUGAUCGAGAACUCGCUGCAGCGGCUGCAGCAGGCGCGCCAGGCCAUCGACAUGAGCGGCACCAAAGACCACGACGACAUGAAUCGCCUGAUCAGCGCCUCGCUGCAGCGGAUCCGCUCCGAGCGGACUACCAAAGAGGAGGAUCGCCUCUCCAAUCGGGGCAGCAUCAGCUCCGCCAACAGCUUCGCCUCCGCCCACAACUACGAGCUGUUUGACUUUGCCGGCGGCAACGAGUCCGACUGCUACCAGAGCUGCUCCAGCAUGCUCACCGCAUCCGGAAUCCUCGAGGAGGAGCAGGCGCAGCAGCCUCAGCCACAAAAGGAACCAGAGCUGGAGGCCGAGCCCGAGCUGGAUGCAGCCACACGGGCCAAGUUCUAUCAGCUGCUGGUGGAUGCCACUCUCGCCGAGAUCGAGCACUCGACGCACACGGAGCCGGGGGUGGAGGCCGAGCACCACUACGAGUCCAUCCGGCUCAAUGGGGAUCCCAUCUACGAGGAGAUCAACGAGAAGCCGCCGCCACUGCCGCUCUCCGCACCGCCCCUGAACGAUGCCGAGCUGGAGAAGAAGGCGGCCCGGUCAAUCUUCGAGGGGGCCUCCAAGUACGACAUCCUCUCGUACCUGGUGGACGCCAAGGAGCGGGGCCUGGCCCGCGAGGAGAGCUUCGACUACAGCAACAACCCGAAGAUCAUCGAGGAGGAGGCCACGGACACGCUCAGCGAGCUGGACAAGCGCGUGGAGGACCGGGACAGUGGCCAGAGCAACAUGAACUCCCUGUCGCCGCCACCGCACAGCUUCAUCUGCGGCGGCGGCGGCGGCCUGGGCGGCGGAGGCAAGUGCGGCAGCGACGUGGAGCGGCAGGACUCCGGGGUCGGCUCGGAGACGAGCAAAUCGUCGCGCAGCAAGUACCAGGCCACGCCCACCGUGCUGCACCUGUGCGAGGACUGCGACGGAGCGGUGGAGAUGCAGGUGGGGGAGGCGGGCGUGCUGUACGCGCCGCUCGUGUGCCGCAAGUGCGGCAAGAAGCGGGUGGAGCGCAAGGAGAUCAUCACGGAGAUUGUGGAGACGGAGGAGAAGUACGGCCGCGACCUGCAGAUCAUCCUCGAGGAGUUCUGCCACCCGAUGCUGGUGGCCGGCCUGCUCACCCAGGAGCAGCUCUCCGCAAUCUUCCUCAACACGGAAGACUUGCUCGAGAACAAUCAGACGCUGGCGGAGCGGAUGCGCGACGCCCUGGACAUGUCCCUGGAGCAGGGCGACGACGACCUGCUGACGGUCAACAUCGGACGCAUCUUCCUCGACUUCACGCAGAUGCUGCACGCCUUCGAGAGCUACUGCGUCCGGCAGGCGGGUGCCAGCCUGCUGCUGGCCAACCUCGAGAAGGAGAAGGAGCUGUUGCGCAUCUUCCUGAAGGUCUCCCAGAUGGAGAACGCCGUACUGCGGCGCAUGAAUCUCAACUCCUUCCUGAUGGUGCCCGUCCAGCGCGUGACCAAGUACCCCCUGCUGCUGGCGCGUCUCUACAAGGUGACGCCCUCGCAAAUCGACGGACGUGAGCUGCUGAAGCAGGCCCAGGAGAAAAUCGAGCUGCACUUGAACCACAUCAACCAGGAGGCCAAGGAUGUGCCCACCAAGCUCUGGCGCCGCAUCAGCUCCUCCAGCCCCAACCGGCGGGCCUCCUGCGAAAUUGAUAUGAUAAACAUCAAGCUGCGCAAAAUGGCCAUCGACGUGCUCGAGUGGAAUCACGAUGAGGUCCGCUUCGCCAUGGAGGGCAAGCUCCUCUACACCCAGCCGACGGACAGCAACUGGAAGAAGGCGCGCACCAUCAAGCUCACGCCGGUCAACGCUCUGCUCGUGACCAAUGGCAAGCCAAGUGCCAAUUAUAGGGCAGAGAAGGCCAUGUCGGAUAAACUGAAUUUCCCGAAGCACACGGGCAUACGAGAGGCCUCCCUGCUGCUGGUGAAGGAGAAGUGCGGACGCUACACGCUGAUCCGGGAGCCCCUCUAUCUGGACAGAUGUGUGGUGUGCAGCGAAGCGGAUUGGGAUGAUUAUUUCGAAGUGCAGGAAAUUUCAUCGAAGGACACAUUCAUAUUCAAAGCCGAGGAUGGGGUACGGACCAAGCAGUGGUACACUCAGAUGCAGUACCAUGCCCAGGGCAUGGGGGCGUGGCGCAAGCGAAGAAACGCCCUGGCCAACAUCAUGAUCAACGGAAUGCUGGCCCGCAGCUAGCAGGAGUCCAUCCCGUCCGGUCAGGACCCAUCCCACAGCAAACCGCAGCACGGCACAGCACAGCACACACGCGUGAAACCACAUUCUGCCGGUGCGACAGAUGAUGAUGGAUAACAUACACAUACACACACACAUACACAUACAUAUACGUACGAGUAGGAGUACGAUUACGAUUACGAACAAUAACAAUAAAAAUGGCGCAUAACAAUAAAACUGAACAAUUGGUUAUGCAUUUAAUAAUGUAUUUAUGCGCUAUUAACCAACAAGCAAUUUCGUAAUUAUUUUUUAAGUGAUAAACAAUUGAAUCGAGCACGCAUAACGCUAGUUAGUGUCUACAUAAUACCUAUGCCUCCAUAUGCCUACACCUAUAUCUACAUACAUACAUAUACAUAUAUC